CGACAUCAAGCCGUUCGUUCGGCGCGGAUCCCGCACUGGGGAUGUAAAAGAGGUACUGUAUGUACAGUACUGUAUCUGGCAAACUAGGGAAGCCAUCAUUCUUCUGGAAAGAUGCACGGCAAUCUCGUCCCGUCAAUAUCCCGGGUGUGUUUCCUGGCGCCCUUGCAUUUGGCCCUAUGGACGGGUUGUGUCCGGUGUAUCAUGAUUGCAACCAUCGCAUGGAUCGCACAAGUCGCCAUGUGGUCAAGGGAAGAUCGUCGCUCUGCCUGUCAACCGAUCGGAGACCCCGUGAUGCACACGUGAUGUCACGGACUCCCCCAUAGCUUUCCCUUUUCAAGCGUAGUGUUUUAUUCAAGUACU